UUGACCGAAUCCGCCUAUGUAACACUUCCGCAUCUGCUGCGCUGACAGAAAACAUCGGUCUUCUCACAAAAGCGUCUGUAGCCUCCGAACGGUUUGGCCUAAACACUAAUAUGACUCAUCUGAGUCUAAAGCUUCACAUAGGUGCUGGCGUGUAUGUACUUCAACCGCACAGGAGUGCCUAAUUCAUCGUCUGCCGAAGUGCUAAACGGAAAGGGUUCAACACCUGCCAAUAGGAUCCGUUUGAGGUCCGUACUGAGGUAGAAUAUAUCCGCCUGAGAGACCAGCACAUGAUGUCGUCGUUCACCCGUGAAAAACUGUCUUUGCACCUGCGGCGCAGAAUGGGGGUGUUUGUGAGCAGAGUGAAAGCCACAGAGCUCAUGGCCAAUCUCCCUUGCCUUACACCUUCUGACAAGGAGGAGAUCCAGGCCAAGAAGGACUUUUCUGGUAACUAUGCAGCCAUGCAACUCCUGCUGGACUAUGUACAGAAGAGAAUGAAUUGGCCAGAAGAGUUGAUGUCAGCCCUGGAGCUGUUGGAGCAUCAGGAUCUGGCUGAUGAACUGAGGGCAGAGUGGAACAAGCACAACCAGAACAAUCCCUACCCUCCUUCACCUGCUGCUACCACCACAGUCAGGACCCAUGUUCAUCCAAUUCCUUCUACCAGCUCUGAGGGGUCGCCAUGUUCUCUGGUCCUCCCAGGUCAGCCAGCCCCACCGGAGGUUGCUGCCCCACUGGAAGUAGCCCCACCUGAGGCUUCACUCCCUCCUGAAGUAGCCCCAGAGGUUUUGCCACCUCCUGUAGUGGCUGCCCAGCCAGAAGCCCCCCCAAGCUCAGUUCCCAAGGCUCCCAUGGCUGGCUCCUCUUCAAAACAUGCUCCCAAAGCAGCAGUGAGCCCUGAAAUAGCCUCAGAGGCAGCACCUUCUCCUGUUGCUGCCCCUCAGGCAGAGCCCCAGGCAGCCCCUCUGUCUCCUGUCUCAGUGGAGGAGCCCACAGUGAUCUCUGAACCUCCAGCCUCAUCCCAGCCUGGUUCUAUUGAAACCGUCAGUCUGGAGGACAACUUGUGUCAUAGUGAUGCUCCAACACAGAUGGCCCUGUCUGAAACCACUCCUACCUUGUCUGGUUCACACCUAAUCCCAGUUGUAUCUGAAAUCACUCCCACGUUGCCUGUCUCACACCUAGCCCUGUCCCAAACUGAAUCCACCCCCACCCCUGCCGCCUUGGCCACAUUCCAGUCCCCUGAGAGACGGCCAGUUCAGGACACCUCGCCACACACAGUCAAAGUGCCUACCUUCCACCAGGAGGCUGUGGAGAACUCUGAUCCAACCCAGGUGACUGAAGAUGAGCAACACACUGAGCCGUCUCAGAGCCAGCACUUCUCCCCGGCCGCGGCCCCAGCGGAUACCUCCAUGAAUGAGGAUGACGUGAACUUUAGCAAGCCUGAAGUCCUCCGCAGUGAGGUCAUGGACAGCCAGCCAUACUCAGGAGACUCAACGCGUCUACAGAGGUCUGUGUCAGACCUUGUACUUGCUACAGCUGAUGUGAACAGUCCUGUUGUUAUCCCCAACCCCGUCACUACUUCCACCCCUCUGCCAUGUCAGGAGAAUGGAGUUCCUGAGGAAAUAAUCGAACCCCUGUCCCAUAACGAGCCCCAAGAGGACACCUACGAGUCCCCCUGCCUGAGCUCCCUGGGGGACCAGGAGGUGCUGCUCAAUGUUGUUCACGUGUCUGAGGACGCGUCCAUCCAGAACAACGACGGCCAGACACCGAGCAUGCUGGGUUUUGUAGUCCACGUGUCCGAGGAGCCAUCUAUCUGGAAUCAAGAUGGCCAAACACAGAGCAUGCUGGGUAAUAAUGAUGUGGCUGUGUCUGGAACCCCCCUACCAGUUCAGAACCACAACAGCCAAUCUCAGAUCACACCUCUCUCUGGAUCUAAUGCCCUUGACCUGUCGUCUGGUCCAAACCAGCACGGCCAAUCACCGGGUCUGAUUAUGAUCGUUAACGGCCAAGACGCCAGCCCCUCAACCAAACAUCCUGAUGCUCCUCCUCCAGCUCCUGGCCUCAUCGUCAACGGCUCUUCCUCGGCUGAGAACCGUCAUCCACUGGAGCCUAUGGGGGCAGAGGUCAUGAUGGAGGCUAGAGCUGUUCCUGAACUGAAGCAGGAGGGAGCGAUAGGAGAGAGAUACUAUCUUCUGGGGGCUGCUAUAGUGGCCGUCUCGCUGUUCAUGGCCUGGAGGAUGAGGAAUUAACAACCGGGGUUUAGGAUAGGUUGUCUCAAAUGGCACCAUGUUUAUAUAUAAAGGCAGGGUGAGUAACCUUGUGUUUGGCAACUGUCCUUUUGGGCGGUUCUGGCCGAUCUACUGUUUCUGUAGUGUGAGGCAGCUUGAAAAAUAAUUACACAGCCUAGACAAAGUAUUGCAAUAUAUUGGAAAUAGGGCCACGGCAAAAGUAUUGCAAAAAAAACACAAAAUAUAAUAGUUCAAUAUGUCAAGAGAUUAUUAUAUUGGUUCAGUCGCUUAUUGUAUUGAUAGGAGUGAAGGAGCUGAAAUUAAUUAUUUAUUCGGUGAGGCAAUGAGUUCAACCCAAUUAAUAUAUAUAUAUAUGAGUGAACAAAACAUUAGGAACACCUGCUCUUUCCAUAAUAUAGACUGACCAGGUGAAAGCUAGGAUUCAUUAUUGAUGUCACUUAAAUCC